GCCAGCCAACGUCAGUUAGUUGGAGUUGGAAUUCGAUUCACAGCGGGUCGAGAGUGCGAGUUCGGGCCAAACAAAAAAAAAAAGAAAGAAAAUAAAAGAGAAAAUAGUUAAAAUAAAAGUGCACAGUGGGCAGUACAAGGAUGCCACGAAACGGCUACGACAAUGGAGCUCCUUCGGGGCAACAACCUAAUGGGCAUUAUGAUGAGAUUAAACCCACUUACGCCCUGGAACACUUGGCCACCUUCAAGUUGAAAAACGAGGCUGAAAUCAAGCAGCCGAAGGAGAAGAUGAAGCUGCUGAUUGAAUUGGACAAAACUGGUGGCAUCUGGCCGCACAAGAUGUUCAUGAGCUUCAAUGGCCAGUGGUUGGUGAUGCUGGAUAGCGAUAUGAAGGAAAUCGAGAAUUUCCCAGGCAGUUUGAUCACGGAACCUACGGCAUUUAUUAGCGAACAUCCACAGGAGGCUUACAACAAUAUUCUAAUCUUCUCGGUGCCCGGAAUUUCACUUGGCAAUACAGAAAUGCAUAUCUUUCAGGUGGCUGAUGUGAGCUCAGUGCAUUUGGUAGAGGAUCUGAAGACGCUGAGUAAAGGAAUUCCUGUAACAGUGGAUCGCAAUAAGACCCCAAUUCUGCUGCCCAAACCAGAAAGACCCAACAAUCCGCAGGCAAAGGAUCAGUAUGGAAUAGCUGCCGCAGUGGCAGGAAUUGCUGCGGAGAAGAAUGCCCAGGACAAGGAGCAGACCGAACGGGAUGUCCAGGUGAUCAACCACUGUUUCGAGGACAUUGAGAGAUUCAUGGCAAGACUUCAUUAUGCCGCCGAGGCACUCAACGAGUUGAAGUUGCGCAAGGAGCAGCACAAUCCUCAUGGGGAAGGUCUCCUAGUCCUUCGAUCUCGACCUCCGAUCGAGAGCGAGUUCCACGACAUCCUGGCCAAGGUUAAACUGGCUCUAAUCUACUCCGUUCGGCUGCAGAAUCACUUCACCAAGUCCACCGAUCCGGUGCACAAUGUCUUCAUCUCGCUGCAAACCAUUGUGACCGUUUGCAAUGACAUCUACGUGGAUGCGGGUAUCCCAGAGGCAGUAGUUAAUCCCCUCCUGCGCAGGGAGACCAUUGCCUUCCUGAACGGAGCGCUCGACUCCAAUGAGAAGCAGUUGUGGCAGAGCCUUGGUCCAAAUUGGACUGUUCCAAAGGAUCAGUUCAAGGAUCACAAGAGUUCGUACCAUCCGAUCUUCUACGAUGAUUGGUCGCCCGAUUGGGUUGUGGAUGAGGAGGUGCAGUACUUGGCUCCCGCUCUCAAGAAGUCCUCGACUCCAUCGCCAGUUCCAGUGCCUCCCAGUCCGGGAUUAGGAAAUAGAACCUGGCUUAAUCGCCUGGAGAGCCGCAAUGUAAAGAUCGCCGAGGUUGCCUUCAACAAGUCGGCCACCAACGACAAGGAACUUAAGGUCACCAAGGGGGAGUAUUUGGAGAUUAUCGAUGACUCCCGCAACUGGUGGAAGGCCCGUAACUCGUACGGAAACAUUGGCUACGUGCCGCGGACGGUGCUCACCCCUUACAACUUCGAACCCGGAGUGAAUGGAAGGGACACAGAGUCCCUGGCAUCGGUGGCUCUCACGGAGAAUGGCGGCGAGGAGGUGAAUCCCCCCGUUUACCGCAACACAAUGGCCAUGUACACCGCUCCCGUGGAACGCGAUCUGCAGGAUCCGCUGGCCAACAGCAAGGUCAUGGCGCGUACCUACUCCAUGCCCAACGUGCCCGUUCCACCACCGAUGCCUCCACCAGACAGUCAACCACCCACCCCCAGCGGAACCCUUAAGAGGAACAUGGCGGCGGCUGGAGCCCUGGCAGCCAUGAGGGCCCGCAACGAUUGCGAGGCGGAUGACCAGGCCUACUACAUGCAGGACGAUGUAAACGACGAGCUGCGAAUCAUGUUGCAGCAGCGGGAGCGACGCAAGGAUCUCGAGAUCCUCAAGACCCCGGAGAUCUACAUCAACCAGAACUCGAAGCCGAAGGAGGUGGAGGAGUGGCUGAGGGGCAAGGGAUUCUCGGACGUGAUCAUCAAGCGACUCCACACGCUCUCCGGCGAGGAGAUCUUCGCCUUAUCACCACACACCAUCGAAAGUUACUUUGGCCAAAGGGAGAGUCGUCGCCUCAUUUCCCAGAUUGUGCUGCAAAAGAACUUCUGCGAGUACAAAACCAUUCGAUCAUCGGAGCUGUCUGCCAAAUUGGCUCGUGCUCGUCAAAAGGCUGAUCAGUCGAAUGGCAAUCCCAACGAGGUCUUCUGAGCUUCCCAUUUGAAUAGUUGGAGUCAUUAUUGCGCCUCAGAUGUGCUAAGUUUAGCCAUUUAUUUAUUUACGUUUAAUAUGCCUACCUUUAUGUUAAACCGUGUUCUUAUCUGUACAUUAAAAAGCCUAAAAAUAAUA